GUCCUGUGUGUGUGUGUGUGUAUGUGUGUGUGUGUGUGUGUGUUUGUGAUUAUGGAUGUUCUGGAGAUCUCCACCCGAAACCCUCAAGAAGACUUCGAGAUUCUGCUGCGGGUCGGUGGAGGGACCUAUGGAGAGGUUUAUAAGGCGCGUAAUAAACAGAAUGGCGAAUUGGCCGCCAUAAAGAUCAUCAAAAUGGAGCCUGAGGAUGAUUUCUCCAUCAUCCAGCAAGAGAUUGUGAUGGUGAAGAGCUGUACGCACAGAAACAUCGUGGCAUAUUACGGCAGCUACAUCAGGAUGAAUAAACUGUGGAUCUGCAUGGAGUACUGCGGUGGAGGCUCUCUGCAGGACAUUUACCACGUGACGGGUCCUCUGUCAGAACUGCAGAUCGCCUACAUCUGUCGAGAGAUGCUGCAGGGUCUGGAUUAUCUUCACGGACAGAAGAAGAUCCACCGAGACAUUAAGGGUGCAAAUAUUCUACUGAAUGACCACGGAGAAGUCAAACUGGCGGAUUUCGGCAUCUCUGCUCAGAUCACAGCCACUUUAGCGCGCCGCAUGUCCUUCAUCGGGACGCCGUACUGGAUGGCUCCAGAAGUGGCUGCGGUGGAGAUUAAAGGAGGAUAUAAUGAGCUGUGUGAUAUCUGGUCUGUGGGAAUCACGGCUAUAGAGCUGGCAGAGCUACAGCCGCCACUGUUUGAUGUACAUCCACUCAGAGUGUUGUUCCUGAUGUCUAAGAGCGGUUAUCAGCCUCCAAAACUCAAAGACAAGUCCAGAUGGUCUACGAUGUUCUACAGCUUCGUGAAGGCCAUGCUGAUCCGCAACCCCAAGAAGAGACCCGGCGCCAAGAAGAUGCUCACG